UAACAGAGGGAGGCACUUAAAAGGAGGAGCGUGAGCAGUGUAGAGCUGUGAGGCGCAUAUCAGGUUCUGUGCACUGACACUAAGCUGCCUGACACGCCUCCCUCAGCCUAUUACUACAGCUCACACAGUUUAUCUGAUCCCAGCAGCAAGGAAGAUUCAAUCCCACAAAGAGGCUACCUACCUGUCCAAGCUGUCCCCCAGUCUGGCCCCCCGGGGUAUGAACUGCCCAGGGGCCUUGGUAAAGAAAAAGUCGGUGAGGAUCGUGAAAAGGUAGAGCAGCGUGCAACAGGGGAAGAGUCACCACUAUCUAGCAGUGUGUAUAUAUUAUCACAUCGAUAUAUAUCACUAAGCAAGCUCCCCCAGUCACUUGGAGCAGUCCUCUGUGUGAGGGGUAGAAUGAGAGCCUGAGCCAGCCCCAUGCUUCGGAGAGGGGGGCUCAUGAUGUGUGGCAGAGGGGUGCUGUGUCCUUGGGGGCCACCUGUGCUUGACUGGGAGCAGGAAGGAAAGACGAGUUGCAGAACCCGCUGGCAGAGAGGGGGGGCGGGCAGGGACCACAGAUGGAAACAUGGGCACCAACCCUACACCCGCCCCAGAGCUCGUAGUCUGAGACCAGUGAAUAUGAUGGGCAACAGGGCCCCUGGGAUGAGGGCUCCCCGCAACACCAACCAGUUCCUGAUGAGUGAGAAGUACCAGAUGCUUAAGCUCCGCUCUGAUUCAGUGGGUACAGAAUGCAGUGGAGGAUCAGACAGUGAAAUGGACCCUUUAGACAUGGACUCAUACAUGGGCGUGCUGGAAAAUGCCCAUGGGGCUCUGUUGGAGCACCCUGAAUCAGGUGUAAUUGGUAUCUUUUGUUCUCCAUCUUCCUCCCCAUCCAAUUCCUGCUGGAGCCCUUUCCAAGAAGAUGGGGAUACUAGGGCUCCGCGAAGGUGUGACAAGUUGACUCCUCCCACCCGUUCCCCUUGCCCUUUCCGCGGAGUGGGACCCCUGCUGGAGCUGCGGGGGGAGUGCAGUGAGCAGUAUUUUCCAUCAGAGAAUGAUGUUAUCGAGAGUGAGAACUUUAUGGAAAAAGAUUUUCAGGAAUUCUGCAGUAGGAUUGCUUGACUGUAUUUCUCUCAACCUCAUUACUGACCCAGAGGGCCAACUGCAAAGUGUUAUGCAAUCUGAUUAUCUGGAAGUGACACAGCCGUGACAUAUCUUGUAGUAAUCAACAGUGCAGCUACUAAACCUGGAUUCAGCUGUUGUAGUUGAAUUGUAACUUCUGGUAUAGCCCUCACUUUGGAGGAUUGUGGGAGUUGUAGUUCAGCAAUAGCUGACAAGCCUCAGCUUGUUGAUCCCUGCACCAGACUUUUAAUGUAUGCUGUCUUUUCUCUUAAAGAGGGAGGGUGGCUGAGGAAAAAUCCAGACCAAAGUACCUUUGUCGUGGCAGACAAAAGGAACCUAAUGUAUUUAUUUUCAGAAGCCUUUGGUAUAUCUUAAGCAGUUAGUGGCCCUUUAGGUGUUCUAGAACUAUAACUCCCCACAUAACACCUACAGCCCACAGCUGUUAAGGCUGCUGGGAAUUUCUAGAUCUACAGCAUCUAGAGCACUGCCAAUUUUCCAUCCUUGAUUUGAACAAUAUCACUAAUUGCAGAUAGACAUGAUAUGUGUAUAAGGGGUCUUGGAGUCCAUUUUGGAAGGGGGGUUGGUAUCUGUAAAUUUAUUUUUUUCUGUAUAUAAACUCUUUUCUUUGUCUGCCUGCCUAGAAUAAGUCUAUUGCCUUGCUUUCUAAAAUACCAUGUAAAAUGUGGAUUUUUUUACAUGUAUAAAUAUCUCGUUUGUGUAUGGGAAUUAUCUGACCGAUAGGAAUGUAACAAACUACUACACGGGGUGGGAUUGCCAAAAGCAGGGUUUUUUAUUGUCAUGUUUUCUGGGUUUGUUACGGCCUUUUUCACAAAUUUCUGUAAAUAAAUUUGUAUAUUAUAUUAUUAA